GGAACCAUCAGCGAAUUUGCACGUGCAGAUUAUCAACAUUUAAAUCACCAUUUGUGUCUUUAACGAUUGGAUCUCUCUCAAGAAAACACAUUUGUUUUCUGAGCACAACUGCUUAUCUUGAGUUCAGCAUGUGAGUAGACGAUCGCGAUUUGGGACCGGACCAUCGAUGGAAAAUAAAGCUACUGAUCCCACAGAUCAUUUCUGCUGGACUAAUGACCUCAUUUGCCAGUAUGAUAAUGAUGGAAUCAAUAAACUCGUCGACGAGUUUGACCUUUCAGAGGCCCAGGCAUCAUUUUUCCAUUCCUCUGUAAACAAUUGCAUGGCUAAUCCUGUCAUGAUGAACAAAGUGCUUAUGAUGAUUGGAGUGCACCUGACUGAAGGUCUGAUUGGCGCACUGCUCUACAACCUAGCAACCGAAAACCAGAAGAUAGAUAUAAAUGAGCUUUUAGUAGACGCAGUUGCGAUGGAAAGGUAUCUAAUGUACAACAACUGCAGGGAAAACAGUGAUAAAAGCCCUGCUCAGAGAGCUAGCAAGGAGAUUACCUCCCGGAUACUGAAACACGUCUUUUUACACUCAAAAACUCAGAACACAACCAACGACGUUCAGAACCGGUAUAUGGAGACACUCCUCAAAAUACCAGACAUUCUCAGCCACUACUUAAAUGCUGUAAAGAGCGGCAAAAAUCUCAAGGUACUCCUGGAAAGCUGCCACGAUCAGCGGCCAAAAUCACCGUUUAUGCUUGCUCCCAUUUACCCGGGAGAUUACCCUCCUGUCGGCGAACGAAACCAAGACGCUUUCGAAUUACGAGAGAAACGCCGAAAGAAGCUGAGAUUGAAGUGGAGUCAGAUAGCAUCACCAUGCGAACUGAAAAACCAGCACCUGAAGACCAUGGCUCACUCAAACAAUCUCCACGUGUGGUCUCUGAAUGAGCGGAGGAAGGACCUGGUCCAACUCCCCAGAUUAACCUUAUCAGAACUGAGCAAACAUCCCAACAACCUUACCAUCGAAGACGUGACAGAGCUGAGAGAGAAGGUUAACUUCCUCAAGUCGAAUUACUAUAAAUCCUAUCUGAACGCUACAGAGAUGGGCACAGAGGAACAUUGGACCGAACUGCUGGGUCACGAAAUUACCUCGCCAGUGUUGAAACAGGUUACCCGGGCCUCUUUCAUGACCUACAGUAAUCCUAAAUAUAAACUCACUUUCUCACCGUGGGAGCCUAAACCAUUCUGGAUGUUGAAGAGGGCUCCGACGUGUCCUCAGAAUACAUCCUGUCGUGAGGAGAGGAGCUCAGCCCCCUGGAGGUAGUGUUCUAUUUCAGGAUUCAUUGAUAGCCUUUAAUCAAACUUUCAUUUACCAUUAAUUUGUAACUGCGUUAUAAUUAAA